UUUGCUCAGAUUUCUUCUUCCUCCUAAGCUGAGUAUUCUCAUUUGGCGAAUGUGGUCUGUUCAUGCUCACUUUUGACAGGGGAUAAUGAGAAUGUGUCCCCAGGGGCUUUGGUGUUUCUUUUCAUGUAAGACUGUGGGCGAUCUCCUGGUAACUUUCACUGCAAUGCUUGUAGGAAGAAGAACAUGUUCCCGGGCUGAGCAAAAUCUGAUUAUCUUCUUCCCUGUUUUGGUGCCGACAUUUCUUUCCCAUCUGUUGGAUAUUUACAUCGGUGGGACAUUGGUGCUUACCUGGCAAGAAGGAAGAAAUGACGUAAAUCAUUGAGUAUCCUAGCUUCAGGGUCAAAGGCAGAAGGAACUCCAGGAAGAACAUGGCCUGGCCCAGUAUUUUCCAGAGAAGAACUGUGCUCUCACGGUUCACCCAUCAUCACAUCGUUGUGUUCCUGCUCACUUUCUUCAGUUACUCAUUGCUUCACGCUUCAAGAAAAACGUUCAGCAAUGUCAAAGUCAGUAUCUCUAAGCAGUGGACACCGAGUGCUUGGAACAGAUCCAUAGAGCUGCCUGCGGAGACCUGGAGCCGCAACCGCCUGUUCCCCAGUGCAGAGGAGGCCACGCUUUUUCUUGGGACACUGGAUACCAUUUUCCUCUUCUCCUACGCUGUGGGGCUUUUCAUCAGUGGUAUCGUUGGGGAUCGCCUUAACUUGCGAUGGGUCCUGUCUUUCGGCAUGUGCUCUUCGGCCUUGGUGGUGUUUGUCUUUGGCACGCUAACAGAAUGGCUACGUUUCUACAACAAGGGGCUGUACUGCUGCCUGUGGAUUGUGAAUGGCCUGCUGCAGUCCACCGGGUGGCCGUGUGUGGUUGCUGUUAUGGGCAACUGGUUUGGGAAAGCUGGGCGAGGCGUGGUGUUUGGCCUGUGGAGCGCCUGCGCGUCCGUGGGCAACAUCCUGGGGGCAUGCCUCGCCUCCUCUGUUCUGCAGUACGGUUAUGAGUACGCCUUUCUGGUCACGGCCGCUGUGCAGUUUGCCGGUGGGAUUGUCAUCUUCUUUGGACUCCUGGUGUCGCCAGAAGAAAUUGGCCUUCCAGGUCUUGAGGCAGAAGAACCUUUUGAAGAAGACUCUCACCGGCCUUUAAUCAGUGGUGAUGAAAAUGAAGAUGACUAUGAGCCUAAUUAUUCCAUCCAAGAAGGCAGUGCCAUCCCUCAAGUCAAGGCCAUCAGCUUCCAUCAAGCCUGUUGCCUCCCUGGCGUCAUACCGUAUUCUCUGGCGUAUGCGUGCCUGAAGUUGGUGAAUUACUCCUUUUUCUUCUGGUUGCCCUUUUAUCUGAGUAACAACUUUGGAUGGAAGGAGGCUGAGGCAGACAAGCUGUCCAUUUGGUACGACGUUGGAGGAAUUAUAGGUGGGACCCUGCAGGGCUUCGUCUCUGACCUGUUGCAGAAGAGAGCCCCGGUGUUAGCGCUGAGUCUGCUGCUGGCCGUGGGGUCCCUCGUGGGAUAUAGUCGUUCUCCCAACGAUAAGUCCAUUAACGCGCUGCUGAUGGCGGUCACAGGAUUUUUUAUUGGUGGACCUUCUAACAUGAUCAGCUCUGCUAUUUCCGCGGACCUGGGCCGCCAGGAGCUGGUCCAAGGCAGCAGCGAGGCCUUGGCGACCGUCACAGGAAUUGUUGAUGGAACUGGGAGCAUCGGUGCAGCAGUGGGCCAGUAUCUAGUAUCAUUGAUCCAGGACAAUCUGGGAUGGAUGUGGGUUUUCUACUUUUUUAUUCUCAUGACAAGUUGCACGAUUCUAUUUAUCUCACCCUUAAUAGUGAGGGAAAUACGUCACCUUCUGCAGAGACAGGCUCACGUGUUGAGUGAGUGACCAGUGCCCACAGAGAAAAAGAACAAUUGGAGAUGUCAAGAUGUUACUUUUUCAGUGCCCUCCAUUCGGGGGUGGCCCUAACAACUCAAGCACACAUUACCAGGCCUCACAUUGCCAGGACUCUUCUGCGACAUCUGCCCCCUGAGAGGCUGGCAGCAGUGACGACUGGGCUGGUUUUUACACUACAGGAAUUAUUGUUGGUGAUUUUUACUGUUGCUUCAUGGACGUACUGAGUUGUCUAUGCGUAUGUCAGGAUCUUUGUGUGGCCUGUUGAGGUUUAGCCCCUCAUCCUUCAAUAUGCCUUCGGACUUGGGCCUGCUCUCCAGCCUGGCCACGAGGGGUCCCGCCCAGUUUGCAUCAGUGAUGUCCCGGGCACAGCACGGAUUGCUGCAUUUCAUUUCUUCAGGAGGGAUUUGGCCCCUUGUGGAGGUAUCACAUCCUGAUAAGGUGCUCGAGCUGGAUCAAGCCAUAGUCUGCCUCAGACAAAGCAUCCAUGCUUGCCAGGUGGUGCGGAAAAUCACACCUGUGCUGAAUGGCUCUGCCACUCUGUCUGGUCUGAACCAUUCAGCUCUGUCUUCUCAUCCUCAUGCAAAGUGAACUCUAACUCCUUGGCAGUCCACAGCCUGCCUGUCACGGAGCACACGGUAUACCAGCUGCUUGGGAGCAUUCGGAUGCGGAACUCAUAGCACACGUAGCAACUCUGUGCUUGCUGCCUGGGCCUCAAGGAUCCACCAGAACCACAAUCUGCUUAGCUCUGGUUUUGGAGGGUUAAUCUCGACUACAGCGGGGUUCCUUGAGGUACAUCAGAAGACUAGACUGAGCAAAGGGCUGGCCCGCUGUCUGAGGAAGCUCUACUGCGUGGCUUUGGUGAGUCACAAUGGGUGACUAGAGCCCGAGGGGUAACUGUCCUUUAGAAGAUUGUAGAGUGUCUUUAAGGCUGUGAAUUAUUGAUAUUUUAAUUAAUUCAUUAUCAAGUUUUAAGGUCAUGCUGUCUCUAGAUUUUAAAAACAUUAGCAAACUAGGGGGGCAUGUGCAAUUUUGAGGGCUGCCUAAUUUGCAUUGGGUCGGGGGCUGUUUUCAACCUCUUUCUACUCAGAAAUGUGGUGUAGUUAUAAAGUUGUUAAUCAAGCAGAUACCUGAAGUCAGUGGCUCAUGACUGACAAAAAGGGAAAAUAUGAAACACAGGAAGGAAAAAUAAACUGACUUUUGU